AUGAGAUGCAGUGGAAUCGAUGAAACUGCGCUUCUCCUCUAUCGGUCUGGCCCCGUCCAGCUGCCUGCCGCCGCUAAGCCCCGUUGGGUCCGGCUCGGAUCAUCUGCCGUGCCGCCUCAAAGCUCCGCGGCCUGCGAUUCUCGUCAAUGCAAUCGUCUCCUCUCGCUCGCUCGCCUCACACCCAUUCGCCGGAACGGUAGCUUUCCCUUAUCACUUACCAUGUCUUCGUCGGAUGAGGAUGUGGUUCGUCGACCCGGACGGAGCUCGGGUGCUGGCCAGCCCGCGAGCCCUUCUGGCAGCGAGCGUAGCAACCCUGCCGCUGCACGCGAAAGCCCGACCGGCUUUGAUGCGGGCAACCUGAAUGGCGAUGAUGACGAUGCCGAUCUCUUUGGAUCAGAUGGGUCGGAUGGAGGGUUCGGCAAUGAUGACGAGAGCAACGGAGGACAGGAAGUUAACCUUGACGCUAGCCAACCAAAACGGACUCUGGAUGACGAAGAACUUGAUUCAGGGGAUGACGAAGAUCGAGUUGAUAGAACCGGGGAGCGCAUGGACUAUGAGGAUGGUGACCAGGGUGAAUACCAGGAAACGGUGAACAUUAUGGACCUGAGCCUGGGUCGGGCGCCGGAGCCGGUAACUUCCAACGGCGAGAUCUAUACCAUGCCAAUUCCAAACUUCUUGUCGGUGGAGACCGAAGAGUUCAACCCUGAAACUUAUGUUGCGCCCCCAUACUCGACCGCGGCUACGUCUCUCUGCUGGCGCCACGACCCCGAUAACGAUGCCCUUCUUCAGUCAAACGCCCGUAUCAUUCGUUGGGAAGACGGCUCAAUGACUCUUCAAAUGGCUUCAGCCCCGAAAGAACAGUAUAGGAUUUCGACGAAACCUCUGGCGCCCCUCAACAAGUCAGGCGAAUAUGAUACCAAGUUGGACUCGCACGUUUAUUUGGGAGCUGCCGCAGAAACGUCAUCCGUCUUCAGAUUGACUUCUCACCUAACUCAUGGACUUACUGUUUACCCCACCACUAUGGAGACCGAUGACGCCGUUCAACGUCUCCAAGAGUCAUUGGCCGCAGCCACUCGCGGCAGCAAGAAGACCGCGGAUGGAUCGGCUCCUGUUAUUGAGGUGACGGAGGAUCCCGAGCUUGCGAAACGACAGGCGGAAAUGGCAGAGCGGGAGAAACUGAAGGCUGCUCGCCGACGCCAGCAACUUGCCGAUCGGGAGCUCGACCGCGGCCGUCGCGUCGGCGUUUCCCGUACCGGGGGUGCUGGUCUCACUGUCGGUGGAUUGGAGGACGAUGACGGAUUGCUCACCACGAGGCCUCGGGCCAAAAAGCCGCGCAAGCCUAACCGCCGUGGUGAAAUCUACACCGAUGACGAGGAUGAUUACGAUCGCAGGGGACACACGAGGGAGGAUGAAUAUGAUGAAGAUGACGGCUUCCUGGUUGGCAGCGACGAAGAACCAGAGGUUGCCGAUGACGACGAGGACGAGGAUCUUCUUGAGGACGAGGACAUGGAUGCAGAGGGCGAUGAGGACGUGCCUUCUACCGCGAAACCCAAGCAGCGACGAGCAUCUCCGGGAGAAGCGGCUGGAACUCCUCCUGCUCGAAAGAAGAAUCGUUUCAUUGUGGAUGAUGACGAUGACGAAUAA